CAACUACCACAAUGAGAGAACCGUCUCAACUCCCGCCAGACACUGCACCCACUCCAACCACCUAUAGAAAACGAACCCAUCUUCUCAAUCUUAUUAAGAACUCCAAAAUUCUCUCUAACAUAUCAUUUCAAGAACCCUGGAAUAAGUGGAAGCCCUAAACCAUUAGACAGAAGCAAAAAGAAAAUAGAAAAUGAUGGGGCGAGUUUCUUCGACAACUGCAAUGGCGGAGAAGCUUUCCUGGUACUGUGCUUUGUUCAUGGCAGUGAUGCUGGUAUUGAGCUGCUGUGAAUCGAGUGAAAGGGAAUUCAGAGGCGAGGUGCUGCGUCAGCAGAAGGAUUUGAUGAUGAACAAGCCAUGCGAUGAAAUUUACGUGGUUCGGGAAGGAGAGACUUUGCAGACUAUCAGUGAAAAAUGUGGGGAUCCUUAUAUUGUUGAAGAGAAUCCUCAUAUACAUGACCCAGAUGAUGUUUUCCCUGGCCUUGUCAUCAAGAUUACUCCUUUCAAGAACAGGUAAAAAAUUACUAGAAUGAAUCCUUCAUUGCUCAAGAUAGAUAUAUAUAUUUGUAUUCUGGCCCACAAAAUUAAAAGAAAAAAGAAGUAAAGAAAAAGAUUGAGGCGUAUAUCUAGAUUGGCCAGGAAAUAUUUAAUAUUGACAGGGCAAGUGAUUGUUAUAAUUUGCAGUUUUUAAGAAA